UGGAAAGUAGAAGAUGAGGACAUCACACAGUAUAGUCCAGGAGAAAACCCGGCUCCCUCCAAUGUCCAUCCGGCACCACCCAGUGUAGAUGGACCAUCGGAUUCCUCGUAUCCUGAGGAACCUCAGACUGUGCGGGACCGGGCCGGCCAUCCAACAGGGAAGAGCUCUCCUGUACUGAGUGCGGGAAGGGUUUAUGUUCUAUAAUCCCAGCUUAAUGUGCAUAAAAGAUCUCACACAGGGGAGAAGCCGUAUUCCUGUCCUGAAGUGCGGAAAAUGUUUUUCACAGAAGUCCAGUCUUCACAUUCAUCAGAGAUCUCACACAGGGGAGAAGCCUUAUUCCUGUCCUGAGUGCGAGAAAUGUUUUUUUGAUAAGUCCGGUCUUUACAAACAUCAGAGAUCUCACACAGGAGAGAAGCCUUAUUCCUGUCCAGAGUGUGGAAAAUGUUUUUCACUGAAGUCCAGUCUUUUACAUACAUCAGAGAUCUCACACAGGGGAGAAGCCGUAUUCCUGUUCUGAAGUGUGGGAAAUGUUUUUCAGACAAGUCCAGUCUUCACACACAUCAGAGAUCUCACACAGGGGAGAAGCCGUAUUCCUGUUUUGAGUGUGGGAAAUGUUUUUCAGACAAGUCCAGUCUUCACAUACAUCAGAGAUCUCACACAGGGGAGCAGCCGUAUUCCUGUUCUGAGUGUGGGAAAUGUUUUUCACGAAGUCCAGUCUUCACACACAUCAGAGAUCUCACACAGGGGAGAAGCCGUAUUCCUGUCCUGAGU